AUGUCGUUAUUCUCCUUCUCGACACCACUUGAUAUCGACAUUGUCCUCGACAACACCGACCAGCGCCCAACGGUCGAUGUCAAACUCGAGAAGAAUCGCCGCGAGAAGUGCCCGCUCUACCUGGACGGCGAGACGGUCAAAGGCGCAGUCACGAUUCGGCCUAAAGAUUGCAAGCGACUCGAGCAUACCGGAAUCAAGGUCCAGUUCGUCGGCACCAUAGAGAUGUUCUUCGACCGCGGCACACACCACGAAUUCGUAUCCUUACAGACAGAGCUCGCAUCGCCCGGCGAACUACAACACCCAGUCACCCUACCUUUUGCCUUCAAAAAUGUGGAGAAGCCAUACGAAUCAUAUCAUGGUAUCAAUGUCAAAUUGCGGUACUUUUUGCGAGUCACCGUAUCGCGGCGCAUGGCAGAUGUGGUACGCGAAAAGGACCUCUGGGUCUACUCUUACCGGCAACCACCAGAGCAGAACAGUGUGAUCAAAAUGGAUGUUGGCAUCGAGGACUGUCUGCAUAUCGAGUUCGAGUACAGCAAGAGCAAGUAUCAUCUCAAGGAUGUCAUUGUUGGCAGGAUCUAUUUUCUUCUUGUAAGAUUAAAGAUCAGGCAUAUGGAGCUGUCGAUCAUCCGCAGAGAGACGACAGGAGUUCCGCCAAAUCAAUACAACGAGUCCGAGACGCUGGUCCGUUUCGAGAUCAUGGAUGGGUCACCUUCACGUGGUGAAACAAUUCCCAUCAGACUUUUCCUCGGCGGCUUCGAUCUCACGCCGACUUUUCGCGACGUUAAUAAGAAGUACAGCACACGAUACUACCUAUCUCUUGUGCUCAUCGACGAAGACGCUAGGCGGUACUUCAAGCAGAGUGAGAUUGUUCUCUUCAGGCAGGCGCCCGAGAAUAGUGAGCUUGCGAUGCGCCAGGCCAAGGAGAUACAAGCAAGCUAG